CCUCCCCGGGGUCGCAGCCGCCCCGGAUUGCUGAUCGCGCCGCACAAGCCGCCUCGUUCGCCAGCACCUGCGUCCCAGUCUGUGCCCGUGACCAUGGCCACAGACUCGUGGGCCCUGGCGGUGGACGAGCAGGAAGCGGCAGCCGAGUCGUUGAGCAACUUGCAUCUUAAGGAAGAGAAAAUCAAACCAGAUGCCAAUGGUGCUGUUGUCAAGACCAAUGCUAAUGCAGAGAAGGCUGAAGAAGAAGAGAAAGAGGACAGAGCUGCCCAGUCCUUACUCAACAAGCUGAUCAGAAGCAACCUUGUCGAUAACACCAAUCAAGUGGAAGUCCUGCAGCGGGAUCCCAGCUCCCCGCUCUACUCAGUCAAGUCCUUCGAGGAGCUUCGGCUGAAACCACAGCUUCUCCAAGGAGUCUAUGCCAUGGGCUUCAAUCGUCCAUCCAAGAUACAAGAGAAUGCGCUGCCUUUAAUGCUUGCUGAGCCCCCACAGAACUUAAUUGCCCAGUCUCAGUCUGGUACUGGUAAAACAGCUGCCUUUGUGUUGGCCAUGCUCAGCCAAGUAGAACCAGCCAACAGACACCCCCAGUGUCUGUGCCUCUCCCCAACAUAUGAGCUUGCCCUUCAAACGGGAAAAGUGAUUGAGCAGAUGGGCAAAUUUUACCCUGAACUGAAGCUAGCUUAUGCUGUUCGUGGCAAUAAGUUGGAAAGAGGUCAGAAAGUCAGUGAGCACAUUGUCAUUGGCACCCCGGGGACCGUUCUGGACUGGUGCUCCAAGCUCAGGUUCAUCGACCCCAAGAAGAUCAAGGUGUUCGUCCUCGACGAGGCCGACGUGAUGAUAGCCACCCAGGGCCACCAAGACCAGAGCAUCCGCAUCCAGAGGAUGCUGCCCAGGAACUGCCAGAUGCUGCUUUUCUCUGCCACCUUUGAAGACUCUGUCUGGAAAUUUGCCCAGAAAGUGGUCCCCGACCCGAACAUCAUCAAACUGAAGCGUGAGGAGGAGACACUGGACACCAUCAAGCAGUAUUACGUCCUGUGCAACAGCAGAGACGAGAAGUUCCAGGCCUUGUGUAAUAUCUACGGGGCCAUCACCAUUGCUCAAGCCAUGAUCUUCUGCCACACCCGCAAAACAGCUAGCUGGCUGGCCGCAGAGCUCUCGAAAGAAGGCCACCAGGUGGCCCUGCUGAGUGGGGAGAUGGUGGUGGAGCAGAGGGCUGCGGUGAUUGAGCGCUUCCGGGAGGGCAAAGAGAAGGUUCUGGUCACCACCAACGUGUGUGCCCGCGGGAUCGAUGUGGAACAGGUGUCUGUCGUCAUCAACUUUGACCUCCCCGUGGACAAGGACGGGAACCCGGACAACGAGACCUACCUGCACCGGAUCGGGCGCACCGGCCGCUUUGGCAAGCGGGGCCUGGCCGUGAACAUGGUGGACAGCAAGCACAGCAUGAACAUCCUGAAUAGAAUCCAGGAGCAUUUCAAUAAGAAAAUAGAAAGACUGGACACGGACGACUUGGACGAGAUUGAGAAAAUAGCCAACUGAGAAGCCCCUGCAGUCUGCGCCGCCCCCGCCCCGGACACGAGUGCUUCCACGGCGCAGCCUGACUGUUCCCGCGAGGAUGACAGCAGGAGUAGACAAACUGCCUACCUCAUCUGAAAUUACGUUUGGACUUGACAAAAAUUGUGCAAAUGAUGGGGGAAGGUAGAAAAAAAAAUUGUUUACACAACUUUUGAAGAUUAGGCGUGAAUACACAGAAAUUUACCUUUUGGAAAUU